UCCUUCCUUUGCUUAUAAGAAAGCUCAUGUUGUAGGGCUUCUUAUUGUCUAGCUAGAUACAUUUCAAGGCUUUUUCUUACUGUUUUCAGCCGCAAGCAUGAAAUCAGGAUCUGAAGUUCCGCUGCACGAAGAGUUCACUUACGUUUAUGGAAUAGCUACGCAAGUCAUUAAGUGUGGGCCUUGGAAAGAUCUCUGGAAACGUGAAAGUGCUCCCAAAGCCUUGUUUCUGAUUAUUCCAGGUAAUCCAGGUUUAGCAGGCUACUACCAGACAUUCAUGAAAGCUUUGUACACUUGCCUGAAUCGACAGUAUCCAAUCUGGACCGUAGGGCAUGCUGGACACUGUAAAGUCCCCCACGGCAUGAAAAUGAUAGAAGAGACGGAUGUUAAUAAAUUUGAUGAUGGCUUUGGACUUCGUGGACAAAUAGAACACAAGUUGAGCUUUAUUCGAAAGAAUGUACCGAAAGAUGUGAAGCUUGUGCUCAUUGGCCAUUCCAUCGGUGCCCACAUUGCCAUUGAAAUUAUGAAGCGCGCACAAGAUGUGGAGAUUAUCCGCAGUCUGCUGCUGUUUCCUACAGUGGAGCGUAUGGCUGAGUCCCCACAAGGCAAGUUCAUGAAACCCCUGCUCUCCUGGGUUCGUUAUCCGUUCUACAUACUCGUAUACCCCAUAUUGCUUCUCCCAGACGGAAUAAAACACUUCAUGUUACGUUUGGCAUCUUCUAUCCUAAUGCGCGCAGAUGAAUCUGCACUAGCGGCUACUACAGAUUUUCUCACUUUCGAUUGUGUUGCAAACACCAUGUACAUGGGAAAUCAAGAGCUGAACGAGGUCAGAGAGAGAGAUAACGCUGCCAUAAGAAAGUAUUUAAAGAAGCUGACUUUUUAUUAUGGAAAUCAAGACAGCUGGUGUCCUCGGCAAUACUAUGAAGAGAUGAAGAGGGAUUUCCCAGAUGGAGACAUCCGAUUGUGUGAGAAAGGAUUGAAACAUGCUUUCGUCCUUGAUUCCGGUGAGGAGAUGGCUGCAGUGCUUGCAGACUGGGUGCAAGAUGAUCUGGCUAGGCUGUAAACGGGGGUGAAGCAAGUAGCAACAGGGUGGGAAGUAUUUUAACUGUUUUAUGGGUGUGUGGUUAUACUUGAAAAAGUUUGCUCCUCAUUAUGUUUCUAUGUUGCAGCUGGUUUCCUCUAAAAGAAUGUGCCACAAAGUAACUUUGUGGCCCAAAAGGUAGUCCCAUUGACCCUCUGAAUGCCAAAGGAGUGGUUGUAAGUGCCUCGAUUGGAUUUUGUCAAAUGCAAAACAAUACUGUAAACAAGGGUAUGCUACCGGCCUUGGCUUCUGAACACUAAACUAGCAUGAGAUAAAUCACUGCUACCAGUUGGGAGCAAUCCCCUCAGUGAAAGGAGUGGUUGAGGUUGAGUUUCCGAGAUGCAUAUGCAAUAAUGAUUUUUUCCCCCAAACCUCAAAAGAUUUGAGUGAGAAAGUCAAGGCAGGUCAAGCAUCACAAACAGAGCUUUCACGUCCCCUUAAAUGCAAUACUGUACUGUGAAUGUAUGUGUUCAGGGGCAAAUCACUGAGGGUGAGAUGUCACAAUGCAUGUGUGAAUCUGCCCUAAGAUCAGAAUGUUGAAAUACUUCAGUAUGGUGUAGCAAAAUACUGAUAAAGCUAAUCAUUUGCUGGUCACAGCACCAAGCUCUAAAUUCCUUAUUAUCUCACGUUUUAAAAAAUUAUUCUCAAAGAAUGCCAGGGAGAUUAUUUUUUGUGCAAAUACUUACUUGAAAAAAAAAUUGUAUAAAAUUUUAAAAGAAGCAUGGAGAAAAAAUUUAAUACAUGAAUAUCUGAAACAGUUCUGAGUACAUAUAAGCCACAAAUUACUGGGUUGUUGUUGUUGUUGUUGUUGUUGUUUUAGUCUGCUAAUUCCAUUCCAAACUCUUUCCUAUCAAUUCCACUUUU